CAAUACCAAAGAGAGAGAGAGAAUAGAUACUGGUUGUUGGGUUUUGGAUGAGUGGUGAAAGGUUUGUCUGUGAGAAGUAGGAAGGAUGGAGAGAUCCCGUGCUUCUUCUUCAUUUCUGCUUUUGUUUUCUGUGCUUCUUUUGUUCCUCUGUUCCUUCACUCCUGUUUGCAUUGCCUCAAGACUUUUACAGGUAGAAUCUGAAGAUGUUAGGAGUAGUCUUCUUGCCAAUGGACUCGGCAUUACACCUCCAAUGGGGUGGAACAGUUGGAAUCAUUUUAAUUGCAAGAUCGAUGAGAAAACAAUCAAAGAAACAGCUGAUGCUUUGGUGUCAACCGGGCUUGCUAAGCUUGGUUAUCAGUAUGUCAAUAUAGAUGAUUGCUGGGCUGAGUUAUCUCGUGAUAGAAAGGGAAAUCUAGUGGCCAAGAAAUCAACAUUUCCAUCUGGGAUUAAAUCUCUAGCAGACUAUGUUCACAGCAAGGGGCUUAAGCUAGGAAUCUACUCUGAUGCAGGGUACUUCACAUGUAGCAAAACAAUGCCUGGUUCACUUGGACAUGAAGAACAAGAUGCCAAGACCUUUGCUUCAUGGGGUGUUGAUUAUUUGAAGUAUGAUAACUGCUACAAUGAUGGUUCAAAGCCAACUGUUAGAUACCCUGUAAUGAGCCGAGCUCUGAUGAAGACAGGCCACCCAAUCUUCUUUUCUCUAUGUGAAUGGGGGGAGCUACACCCAGCUCUAUGGGGUGCUAAGGUAGGAAAUAGCUGGAGAACUACUGGUGAUAUUAUGGAUAAUUGGGAAAGCAUGAUGUCUAGAGCUGACAUGAAUGAAGUCUAUGCUGAUUUUGCAAGGCCUGGUGGUUGGAAUGAUCCAGACAUGCUUGAGAUAGGAAAUGGAGGGAUGACUAAACAUGAAUAUAUUGUUCACUUCAGCAUUUGGGCCAUUUCCAAGGCUCCCCUUCUUAUUGGGUGUGAUGCAAGGAAUGCAACCAAAGAAACCAUGAAAAUCCUCUCAAAUAAGGAGGUUAUUGCAGUUAACCAGGAUCCACUUGGUGUUCAGGCGAAAAAAGUUUGGUUGAAGGGUGACCUUGAGGUAUGGGCUGGACCUCUUUCAGGCCAUAGGACAGCUGUUGUACUAGUCAACCGGGGUUUACGCCAUAAUCGUAUUACUGCUCAUUGGAAGGACAUAGGUAUUUCUCCAAACAAGGUGGUAGAGGCAAGAGAUCUUUGGAAGCACAAGACCCUCAAGACACGAUUUAUGGACAAUUUGACAGCCACCAUGGCUUCUCAUUCAUGCAAGAUGUAUGUGUUGACACCAAUUUCUUGAGUCAGGAUUCCAGGGGGAAUGUUAUGUGAUGAGAGCAUUUUCUAUGAUCUAGGCUUUGCAACCUGAGGUGAAGGUCAUAUUAGAAGGUGUUAUCCUUCUCUAAAUGUCCAUAUGGGCAUGGAUUUGGUAAUUCAGAAUGAAUGGGCCCAUCCACUUUAUGUAUUUUUCUUCCCUCAAUUUGUUCCAGUUGAUGAUAUUUUCAGAGGUUUCAGUUCCCAAUUAGAGAGAUGGUAAUACAUUUCUAGGCAUGAAAUGCUCCUGCUGAUCAGGUUAA